CUGUUCUAAAAUAAUUACAAUGCCAGGUCUGUAUUACACACGACAGACAAGACCGCACACAGAGAAGAGAGAUAUUUUUUCCAUCCAUUUCUCUCCAGUACACAACUGAGAAAAAAAUAAUGGAGGGGUUGAAGGAAGAGGAGAACGGAGCUGCUACUGAUGAUGAACAAAACCUAGAAUCAGAAUCAGAAGAAGAAUCCAUGGAAGAAGAUGAAGAAGAAGAAGAAGUAUUAGGGUCAAGCUCAACUAUGGAGAAAGUAGCUGCAGCCAAGCAGUAUAUUGAGAAUCAUUACAAAAACCAGAUGAAAAACAUUCAGGAACGAAAAGAAAGACGAUGGGUGUUAGAAAGGAAGUUAGCUUCUUCAGAUGUCCCUCGAGAAGAAAAAAUUAAUCUGAUCAAGGAUUUAGAGCGGACGGAGACUGAGUUUAUGCGUCUAAAGAGACAUAAGAUAUGCGUAGACGACUUUGAGCUUUUGACAAUCAUCGGGCGAGGAGCUUUUGGGGAGGUUAGGCUAUGCCGAGAGAAGUCAAGUGGCAAUAUUUAUGCUAUGAAGAAACUAAAGAAGUCAGAAAUGGUUCGAAGGGGUCAGGUUGAACAUGUUAGAGCUGAAAGGAACUUGCUCGCAGAAGUUGCCAGCCACUGCAUUGUCAAGCUCUACUAUUCGUUUCAAGAUUCUGAGUACUUGUAUCUGGUCAUGGAAUAUUUGCCUGGUGGUGAUGUGAUGACCCUGCUCAUCAGAGCAGACACCUUAACUGAAGAUGUGGCUAAAUUUUACAUCGCCCAAAGUGUUCUUGCAAUAGAAUCCAUUCAUAAACAUAACUACAUUCAUAGAGACAUUAAACCUGAUAAUCUUCUGUUAGACAAGAAUGGUCACAUGAAGCUGUCUGAUUUUGGUCUCUGCAAACCUCUCGACUGUUCAACAUUAUCCGCUUUCAGAGAAGAUGAACCCAUGGAUGGUGAAAAUGUGAGGGAAUCAAUGGACAUUGAUGGACGCUUGCCAGAUAAAGCCAAUGGAAGCAUGUGGAAAAGUCCUCUUGAGCAACUUCAACAUUGGCAGAUGAACAGGAGAAAGCUGGCAUUUUCUACUGUUGGCACACCAGACUAUAUUGCUCCAGAAGUACUUCUCAAGAAAGGUUAUGGCAUGGAGUGUGACUGGUGGUCCUUAGGUGCCAUAAUGUAUGAGAUGCUUGUUGGUUAUCCCCCAUUUUAUUCCGACGAUCCAAUCACUACAUGCAAAAAGAUUGUGCACUGGAGGACCCACUUAAAAUUUCCGGAGGAACCCAGGUUGACACUUGAAGCCAAGGAUCUUAUCUGUAGGUUACUAUGUGAUGUUGACCAUAGGUUAGGUACAGCAGGGGCAGAUCAAAUAAAAGCUCAUCCCUGGUUUCAAGAUGUUGUGUGGGACAGACUUUAUGAAAUGGAGGCAGCAUUUAAACCAAUGGUUAAUGGGGAGCUAGAUACUCAAAACUUUUUGAAGUUCGAUGAAUUGGAUCCUCCUCCAGCAAGAACUGGUUCAGGACAGUCGAGGAAGGUGCUAACUUCCAAAGACUUGAGUUUUGUUGGCUAUACAUUCAAGAAUUUCGAUGCUAUCAAAGGGCUGCGUGAGCUUAAGAGGAGUAAUACACCAACAAGACUACCAACUAUAGAAGCCAUCUUUGGUUAUUCAGCAAUGGACUACACUACAAAAUCGAAUGAAGAAACCGAGAGGCACAUGCUUGAAUCAUCGGGCGAGUCCAUGUCUCCAUAAAAAGCAAUGUUGUUGACAAUGUGAAGCAUCUGUUGUACCAAAUGAAGCGCUCUAGUCUCAUCCGGGUGAACUUCCUGCUUAUUUUCAGUCAGGUUUUUCCCCAAAUAAGCAUUUUCGAUAAGUUGGCUGAACUUGCAGAGCCAGCAAUGAAGGUGUACAGUAAUCUAUGGAAGGACGUCUUACAGAAACCCAAUGUUGGGGGUUAAGUGAUUAAUAGUAUACUGAAGGGAUUGUAGUAAUAGCAGUUUUAGGACCAAGAAUUCGUAGAUAGAUUUGUGUAUUGAAAUAGCUUAGAGAGAUGAGAAAUUUUAUAUCCUGGAUGCCCAGGUUGGCUGAGCAUAAAAAAAGUAAAAGAAAGCCUUCUCUUGUGGCAGUUUCUGGGCUCAUUUUCAACUUUGCUGAUAAUUUCAUGAAACUAGAAAACUUCUUAGCUGUGUUAGAAAGUUGAUACUGUUAGUGCGCAAGUAAAUUGGUUUUUCUCUGGA